CCUAGGCCCGCCCGCAAGUCCUCUAGGGAUGUGCACUGUAUAUAACGACUGCAGCGCAGCGCACCGAGCGCAGUGUUUGAGUGAGUGCCCAGCGACCAGCUCUCCAGCACCGCCCACAAUGGCAGCUAAGCUGUUCGUCCUCUCUUGCCUCCUGGGUCUUGCCGUGGCUGGUAUCAUCCCUGGAGCCCUCGUCACCCCGACCAUCGCUCUGGAUACCGAGUACGACCCAAACCCAUCGUACAGCUACGCCUACGACGUCCAGGAUGCGCUGACGGGAGACUCGAAGCGCCAGCACGAGAGUCGCAGCGGAGACGUGGUCCGGGGAAGCUACUCCCUCAAUGACCCGGACGGCACCCGCCGCACGGUGGACUACGCGGCCGAUCCCGUUAACGGCUUCAACGCGGUUGUGCGCCGCGAGCCUCUCGCCCUCUCCCUUGGCGCGAUCGGGGUCUCGCCCCUGACUGCCCGCAUCGUGACCCCUCUGGCGACAACCUCUUCGUCCCGGCUGGACGCUCCUUCUGGACUGACGGUGGCCUCCCCUGUAUCAGCACAUCUACUCGCCACUGGGACACCCUUCAGCGUACAGCAGCAGGUUCAGCAGGUGCAGCAGCUGCGACAACUCCAGCAGCUUCAGCAGCUUCAGCAGUUAGUGAACCCCGUGGCUUUGGCCACCAACGUGGGCCUCGCAAACCUGGCUGGUCACGGAGUUCUGCAGGCGACGCCCUGGGCUCAGUAGGCUCCACCAAAUAAAUCUCUGUCACAACCUGACUUUUAGUAGUGCGCCUUCUUUGCUUGAAGUUCUGUUAAACGUCAUUGUCCUUCAAAGCAGAUCGUGAUAGUGAGUGGGAGGAAGCUUAGAUUUACAAGUUAUGGUAGUAAUUAAAGAAAGUUGGUAUUUCCUACAUGUGUGGCCCUUGAUUAAAGUGUUCACAUUUUUUUAAAAAAGUCCCCAAAUCAUAGAUUAUACAUAUUCUUAAUGAGUUUAUAAAAGUAACUUGAUAAAUAAUGUCCGUGUUCUGUAAGAAUAUCGCUACAGCAGGGGUAAAUUGCAGUUCUUGUGAACAAUAUUAGCGUCCGUACUUCAAUAAUAUAUCAUAAAUACAAUCAACAUUUAACGUAUUAAAAUCUCAACUUGUUAAUAAAAUUGGUUUGAAAAAUUCGUCAA